AUGUCGACUCAGAUUAUACUAGUCGAUGAUCGGGAUUCUAGACUGACUUACACAUCUGCUCCACAGGACAACUCCACUAGUAGCUGGUCACUAGAAGGAAAUGGACAGGAAUUCAACGAAACGGUCACCCAGACAGAUAGAGCACAAGCUAGCGUAAGUCUUUUGUUCAACGGGACUUCAGUCAGCGUCUGGGGAACAUUGAGCAGUACAAAGUUUGGCCCAGUGCAGACCUCAUAUCAGUUGGAUAACUUGCCCAUACAAAAUGUAACGAAUACAUCGACGAUGGAUGUUGACCAAUUUCAAGUGAUGUUCUACCAAUCCCCAGUACUUGAACCCGGUAUACACAGCCUGGUGAUUACCAAUAUGGUCAACGGUUCUCUCUUUCGUCUGGAUUUAUUGAAAAUAACGCCAGAUCAUGACAUUCUUUUCUCCAAUCCUCGAUCUUUGGCAUCUUCAAGCAACGCUGAUAACCUGGCUGUCGAAACUCCAACAUCAUUAGCUACUCCUUCCUUUACAGUAUCAACAUUAUCGGACACUGCUGGCACAACUUCAACGCAUAACAUCCUUGUCAAAAAUCAAAUAUUACCGUCUGCAAACGGAACUAAUAGUGCGGUUGUCGAAACUUCGAUAUCCUCCGCCAUAACAUCAACACUAUCGACUAGUCUCGACACAACAACAUCAACUCAUGACGUCCUUUUUACCAACCGAAUAUUGCCUUCUGCAAGCAACACAGGUGAUGUUGUUGUUGAAACACCGAUAUCUUCCUCCACAACAUCCACGACAUCAGUAUCGGCCGCUCUUGGCACAACAUCAGCCCAUGACAUCCUUAUUACCAAUCGAGUAUUGCCGCCGUCUGCGAGCAACACAGUCACUGAUGUUGUUGAGACACCGAUAUCUUCUUCCGCAACGUCAAUAUCGACCACUCUAGAUACAACAUUUGCCCACGAUGUCCUUUUUACCAACCGAAUAUUGCCUUCUGCAAGCAACACAGAUGAUGUCGUUGUCGAGACAUCGAUAUCUUCCUCCACAACAUCAGCCAUUGACGUCCUUUUUUCGAAUCGAAUAGUGCCGCAGUCUGCGAGCAGCACAAUCACUGACGUUGUCGAGACACCGAUAUCAUCUUCCACAACAUCAAUAUCGACUACUCUAGAUACAACAUCAGCCCACGACGUCCUUUUUAGCAAUCGAAUAUUGCCGUCUGCGAGCAACACAGACGAUGUCGUUGUCGAAACACCGAUAUCUUCCUCCACAAUAUCAGCCAUUGACGUCCUUUUUUCCAAUCGAAUAGUGCCGCCUGUUGUAAGCAACACUGAUAACGUGGUUGUCGAAACUCCGCCAACAUUCGCUACUCCUCCCACGACACCAACAUUAUCCGCCACUUUUUUGAUAACAACACCAAUAUCAUCUGCCAUUCUUUUCAUAGCACCAUCAACAACACCGGCCGUUUUUCUUACAGAUACAGCUACACCAUCGGACAUUAAUAUUAUCUCACUUUCAACGAUCAAUAGAGACUUGGUCUCUGUGGGUAACCUUCCAUCAACAACAGAUCAAGUUCUUUCAACUCUUUCAUUCCCUGCACAAGCCAUGGUUACCUUUCCGGGUGAUACACCUGCGUCGAGCAUUCCAUCAAUUCCCUUUGCUACUGGAACCAGGAAUGCCAACGUACCACCAUCCACCAUUCCUAUUAGCACUGCAACGAGCGACAGGGACGACAGAGGAACAGGAGGCGACGAGAUCUUUUCCUCGCUCAUGAGAACGGUCGCUUCUACCCCGGGCCCAGAGAACCGUAGACUCUCUGAUCAGGAGAAAUCGGGACUGGGUCCCGAAGGCACUCAACACCGUGAAUCCAAUAAUUCUUUCCGGCAUAAUGGUGUCCUUUCUGAUGAUCCAUUCGCAAGCUCUUAUGACACGGUGGAGCGAAGUACUUGGUCUCCCGAGCCCGAAGAGCCUCUUGCUCGUGGUUUUGGCAGAAUAAAAGGGUUUAAGCAAUCGUCAGCGAAGCACAACUCCGGAUUUCUCUUUCACCUGAACCCCGUUUAA